AUGAGGCGCAGCUUGAGGAAGAUGCUGAGCCCGGGGGGGAAGGAGGAGCCCCAGGGCGCAGUCUACCAGGGCGUGGAGGACGACAUGGACGACUCCAAGGGCUCGCUGAAGGUGGUUUCUGAAGGAAGUACAUGUAGAUUGAAAAACUUUAUGAAGAAACAAAAGAAGUUAAGCAGAUAUGAUGUGAACGCAUCCCCUUUGCACCAUGCUGCAGAAGAAGGUCAAGUGCAGUUGAUGGAGAUGAUCAUCAAUGACUCCUCUUUUGAAGUGCUGAAUGUGAUGGAUGACGAUGGAAAUACCCCUCUGCACUGGGCCACAGAAAAAAACCAGGUUGAAAGUGUUAAGUUUCUCCUUAGCAAAGGAGCCAACCCAAACCUCCGAAAUGGCAACAUGAUGGCCCCUCUUCACGUCGCCGUGCAGAGCCUACACAAUGAGGUGGUGAAGGUCUUGAUUGAGCACAGCAGCACUGAUAUUAAUUUGGAAGGAGAAAAUGGAAACACAGCUGUGAUAAUCGCAUGCACCAAAGAUAACAGUGAAGCACUACAAAUCUUGUUAAAUAAAGGAGCUAAGCCAUGUACGGCAAAUAAAUGGGGAUGUUUCCCUAUUCAUCUAGCUGCAUUCUCAGGUUCCAAAAAAUGCAUGGAAAUAAUAUUAAAGUUUGGUGAGGAACAUGGAUAUAGCAGAGAGUCUCAUAUUAACUUUGUGAAUAAUGGGAAAGCUAGUUCCCUCCACAUGGCGGUUCAGAGUGGUGACUUGGAAAUGAUUAAAAUGUGCUUGGACAAUGGCGCACAGUUGGAACUGAUGGAAAAUGGGAAGUGCACACCCCUUCAUUUUGCUGCCACCCAGGGAGCCACUGAGAUUGUGAAAUUGAUGAUCUCUUCCUAUUCUGGUAGCAGUGACCUUGUCAAUGCGGUGGAUGGAAACCAGGAGACACUCCUUCACAGAGCCUCAUUAUUUGAUCAUCAUGAACUAGCAGACUACUUAAUUUCAGUGGGAGCAGAUAUCAAUAGCACUGAUUCGGAAGGACGUUCUCCACUUAUAUUAGCAUCUGCUUCUGCAUCUUGGAAUAUUGUAAAUUUGCUACUGUCUAAAGGUGCCCGUGUAGACAUAAAAGACCAUCUUGGACGUAAUUUUUUGCAUUUCACUGUACAGCAACCUUAUGGAUUAAAAAAUCUGCAACCUGAGUUUAUGCAGAUGCAACAUAUUAAAAAGCUGGUAAUGGAUGAAGAUGAUGACGGGUGUACUCCUCUACAUUAUGCAUGUAGAUACGGGAUUCCUGUCUCUGUAAAUAACCUCCUUGACUUUAAUGUGUCCAUUCGUUCCAAAAGCAAAGAUAAGAAAUCACCCUUACAUUUUGCAGCCAGUUAUGGGCGUAUCAACACCUGCCGGAGGCUUCUGGAAGGUAUGAGUGAUACGAGACUUUUGAAUGAAGGUGACCUCCAUGGAAUGACACCUCUGCAUCUGGCUGCAAAAAAUGGGCAUGAUAAAGUGGUUCAGCUUCUUCUAAAAAAGGGUGCAUUAUUUCUCAGUGACCACAGUGGCUGGACUGCUUUGCAUCAUGCUUCCUUGGGCGGAUACACUCAGACCAUGAAGGUCAUUCUUGACACUAACAUGAAGUGCACAGAUCGGCUAGAUGAAGAAGGGAACACCGCGCUUCACUUUGCUGCGAGUGAAGGCCACGCCAAAGCCGUUGCGCUCCUUCUCAGUUAUGAUGCUGACAUUGUCCUGAACAAGCAGCAGGCCUCCUUUCUGCAUGUUGCAAUUCACAAUAAGAGGAAGGACGUGGUUCUUACAACCAUCAAAAACAAAAGAUGGGAAGAAUGCCUUAAGGUUUUUAGUCAUUAUUCUCCAAGCAAUAAAUGUCCAGUUAUAGAAAUGGUGGAAUACCUCCCUGAAUGCAUGAAGGUCCUUUUGGAUUGCUGCAUGGUACCCUCCACAGGAGACAAGUCCUGCCAAGACUAUUAUAUCGCGUAUAAUUUCAGAUAUCUUCAGUGUCCGUUAGAAUUUACCAAGAAAGGAACAUCUGCACAGGAUGUUACGUAUGAGCCUCUUACAACCCUCAACGCAAUGGUACAACAUAACCGCAUAGAGCUUCUCAACCAUCCUGUAUGUAAAGAAUAUUUACUUACAAAAUGGUUGGCUUAUGGGUUUAGAGCCCAUGUUAUGAAUCUAGGAUUUUACUGUCUUGGUCUCCUGCCUAUGACCUUUCUUGUUGUCAACAUAAAGCCAGGUAUGGCUUUCAACUCAACUGGAAUCAUCAAUGAAACUAGUGAUCAUUCGGAAGUAUUAGACACCAAGAAUUCAUAUUCUAUAAAAGUUUGUAUGAUUUUAGUUUUUUUAUCAAGUAUAUUUGGAUGUUGCAAAGAAGUGGUCCAAAUUUCCCAACAGAAAAGGAAUUACAUUUUGGAUUAUACCAAUGGAGCUGAAUGGAUUAUCUACUCAACAAGUAUCAUUUUUGUGUCCCCCUUAUUCACUGGUAUACCAGCUUAUGUGCAGUGGCAAUGUGGGGCAAUUGCCAUAUACUUCUACUGGAUGAACUUCUUACUGUAUCUCCAGAGAUUUGAACAUUGUGGAAUUUUCAUCGUUAUGCUGGAAGUAAUUAUGAAAACCUUGUUGAGGUCUACAGUCGUGUUUGUCUUCCUUCUUUUGGCUUUUGGCCUCAGCUUUUACGUCCUCCUGAGUAUACAGGAUGCUUUCAGCUCUCCAUUGCUUUCUAUAAUCCAGACCUUCAGCAUGAUGCUAGGAGAUAUUAAUUACCGUGAUGCCUUCCUGGAACCGUUUUUGAGAAAUGAAUUGGUAUAUCCAGUUCUGUCUUUUGCACAGCUUAUUAUCUUCACAAUGUUUGUCCCAAUUGUGCUCAUGAAUUUACUUAUUGGUUUGGCAGUUGGUGACAUUGCAGAGGUCCAGAAGCAUGCGCUGUUGAAGAGGAUUGCUAUGCAGGUGGAACUUCAUACCAGCUUAGAGAAGAAGCUGCCACUGUGGUUCCUACGCAAAGUGGAUCAGAAAUCCAUCGUCGUGUAUCCCAACAGACCCAGAUGUGCAGGGUUAUUAGGUGUAUUUAAUUUUAUUUUUUAUACCCAAGAAGAGAGACAGGAAAUUCCAAAUGUUGACCCAUCUCUGGAAACAGAAAUAUUAAAGCAGAAAUACCGGCUGAAGGAUCUCACUUAUCUUCUGGAGAAACAGCAUGAGCUUAUUAAACUCAUCAUUCAGAAGAUGGAAAUCAUCUCUGAGACAGAGGAUGAAGACAGCCAUAGUUCUUUUCAAGACAGGUUUAAAAAAGAGCAGUUAGAACAAAGGAAUAGCAAGUGGAAUUCUGUGUUGAAAGCAGUAAAGGCAAAAACACACUGCACUUAGCC